GUGACUUGUGGAAGUUUUUCUGGCCACAGUCCCCGACCCCGCUCAGACAUGGGGAACGUGCAGUCGGAGCCGUCCGCGGGCGGGGGCUCCCGAAAAGAGCAGGCCUCGGACCGCGCCUCCGACUCCCGCCGGACGUCCCUGGCGGAGCCCGUGGUGACCCCCUCCACCCCGGCCAUGCGCCUGGCUCGCGGGCUAGGCGUCUGGCUCCCUGGCAGCUCCGCACCCCCGGGACUCCUGGUACCCCCGGAGCCCCAGGCCUCACCCUCGCCCCUGCCCCUGACCUUAGAACUGCCCUCGCCAGUGACGCCCCCUCCACAGGAGGCGGCUGCAGCCGCGGUCUCCACACCACCCCCGCCCCCCGUGGGGACCCUGCUGCCCGCUCCGUCUAAGUGGCGAAAACCCACGGGCACCCCAGUGCCCCGGAUCCGCAGCCUGCUGGAGGCGAGCCAUCGCGGCCAGGGCGACCCUUCGAGCUUCCGCCUGCUGCCUCCGCGGCCCCGGCAACUAACAGAAGCGGACCCCGCGCCCGCACCGAGUGCCCCAGCCCGGUCUCCGCCGCCCGUGGAGCCGCGGAAGCCGCCAGCACAGCCGUCUUCCGACCGGCAGCCCCCCGAUCGCAGAAUUCCUCCCGCUCUAGCCGCACUUGCCGCGACCCCCACAGCAAGUCAAGCCAGUGGCGAGAGCCGGACGGCUGGCGGGGCCCGCGGAGGGGCGCCUCCCGAAGCGGGCGGGGGCGAAAUGGCCCGGCCCGCGUCCUCCGAGCCCGGCCUGAGCCUGCUAUGUAAGGUCACCUUCAAGUCGGGACCCCCUUUGUCCCCUGCGGCUGCCUCGGGUUCCUUAGGGGCCAAAGCCUCGCUCGGGGGCGGCGGAGGGGGAGGACUCUUCUCCGCCACCUCGGGCGCCAUCUCUUACGCUGAGAUCCUGAAGCAGGGGCCCCUAGCUCCUAGGGCCGUUCGCCCCUCUGGAGAGGCCCCUCCGGGGUCUCAGGAAGCCGAGGGAGGUGACGGAGACGGCGAGGGGUGUUCUGGUCUGCCUUCAGCGCCGGCGUCCCACGCCCGGGCCCUCCCGCCGCCACCUUACACCACCUUCCCAGGCUCCAAACCCAAAUUCGACUGGGUGAGCCCGCCCGAAGUCCCCGAACACCGCUUCCGCUUCAAUGGGGCUGGCGGAGGUGUCGGGCCGCCCCGACGGCGCGCGGCAGCGUUCUCGGGGCCCUGGGGCUCCCCGCCGCCGCCGCCGGGGCAGACACACCCAGCCCCCGGGCCCCGGAGGCCGGCACCCGCGCUCCUGGCGCCGCCUAUGUUCAUCUUCCCAGCGCCCACUAAUGACGAGCCUGGACGCUCCGGGCCUCCCGGCCCACAGGAGUUGCCGCCGCCACCACCCCCCACGCCGCCACCUACGCCGCCGGCGCUCCAGCCAGCACCUCCACCCGUGGCGCUCCUGCCCAUCCCAGGCCCGGACCCUGCAGAGGCUGCCCCGGCUCCCUCCCAGGCCCCUGCUCCGCCCCCCGCCUUGGCCGCGGAGCCGGCCCCGGCCCCGGCCCCAUCCCCGGCCCCCGCCCCGGCCCCAUCCCCGGCUCCAGCUCCCACCGCCGCGGAGUCAGUGCCCGCGCCCGUCAAGGCCCGUGCGCGCAGGAACAAGGGCCCCCGCGCGGCCCGGGCUGCGACCCGUGAGGAUGGUGCGCCUGGAGACGGUCCUUGUGAACGUGCCGUGGUCCACAGGGCUGACAGCGGUGGAGCCGGUGGUGGCGGCGGGGCCCCUCAGGCGGGAGCGGCUAACUCGGGCGCUGCGCGCCACUGGCCGCCCUUCCAGGUGCUUAACUCUUGUCCCUGCAAGUGUUACUGCCGCCACCAACCACGCCGUCGCCGCCUGCCACGAAACGUGUCUGCCUGGCUGAGCACACCCACCAACCACCUGAGCGAGCCGCCCUGGGUGGCCACCAUCAAACUGGCCGGCUCCCUGGUGGCAGGGCUGGAUCACUACGACCUGCAGGCCACCCAUUCCAAAUAA